AUGGAUGAGGUUUGUGAUAUUGUACCUUCAAAUAAGGGAAAUAAUAAAAUCAAUGUUCGAGGUUAUUUGAUGGUAAAGGAACGGAACCGUGAGGCAAUAUUUUACUGGUGUUGUGCAAAAAGAAAAUCAGAAGGGUGUAAAGGCCGUGCUGUAACAACCUUAUGUAAUAACUUGCAUUAUCUUCGAAGUUGUACUGAUCAUAAUCACGCACCUCAAGCAAGUGAUGCUGGAGUCGCAAAACUUACUGCUCAGAUCAAGCGUCAAGCUUCUGAAACAAGAGAUAAACCCGCAAAAAUAAUUCAAGAUAAUAUUAUUAGUAUUCCAGAAGAAAUUCAUCCUUACAUCCCAUCACCUAAUGCUCUUCGUAGAACAAUUAGCCGUGUUAGAAAAUCAGAAAUGCCACCUCAGCCACAAAAUAUUACUGAAAUAAACAUACCAGAAUCACUUUGUCAUACAUUGCAUGGAAAUAUUUUCCUAGUUAAAGAUUAUAUGGUUGGUCAAGAACGAAUCCUUCUAUUUACUACAAGAGAAAAUAUCCAGCACUUAGCUAAUGCAUUAUUUUGGAUUAUGGACGGAACAUUUAAGACUGUUCCUACCAUAUUCCAUCAAAUGUACACAAUACACGCACCUGUUGGUGCUGAAGACAAUUCUAGGAUUCUUCCACUGGUGUAUGCACUUAUGACUCGUAAAUCUGAG